GCUCUGAUCUACCACUAGUCAGCUUACUGCUCUAGUUUCAAGCAUCAGUAAGUACAAGCUACUGACAGUUUCAAGCAAACAAUUAAUAGUUCCCAGCUCUCCAUACGCGUUGAACACACCGUGCGGAUUAGUUGCGUUUUGCUUUUUGGAUCUGGAGGCAGUGAUCGUCAGAGUACGCUGUCCACUUACCAAGCUGAAGUGGUAGAAUCAUGUUUUGUGUUUUUCGUCUCGUGUUUACCCAUCUUUUUCUUGGAGUCUUGCUGUUGGGAUUCCAGACACAUGGACAACUGACUUCUGUUACGACGGAUGAAUUCGGUCUGAUAACGACGCAACAACCGGAAGGGGAUUUUUGGUGCACCGGAAGUGAUGUUAGCUAUGACCUGGAUGAUCUUUGUGACGGAACAGCAAUUUGUCCUCAAGAUGAUGACGAAUUUCUGUGUAGUGAUAAAGACUUCAAAAGUUGCAAAACACCCGAACAGAUGCGCUGCUUCAACACAACAGGAACAUGUGUUCAGUUGACAUCCAUAUGUGACGGAAAACCAGACUGUGCUGAUCAAAGCGACGAGAUAUAUUGCGAGGCAGUAAAUUGUAGUAGUACAUGCUCGUUUUGCUCGAAGGUUGGAGCGUCAUGUGACAUGAACGGACUAAUCAACAACCUGGGAUCUUUGACGCUCCCGUCAACAAUACGAUACUUGAAACUCACGAACUUCUCCGACCUACAGUAUGGAUUGCCAAUCACUCAAGCCGAGUAUCCUCUUUUGACAAGACUACUUUUAUCCGGGAAUGGUAUAUCUGCCAUCGGGCAAGGUGUGUUCGAAAAAAUGACAUCUUUACGAACUUUAGACCUGUCAGGGAACAAGAUUUCCGCUUUAUCUAGAGGAUCCUUCCAAGGCAUGCCAAGACUUCAGAACUUGUAUCUGCAUGAUAAUAUGUUGAUAUUUAUUGAGAAUGGCGCGUUUAUUGGUCUUCCUGAGUUACGACGAUUAGACCUCGGUCAUAAUAAGUUAGAAUCAAUAAGUUCGGGGACAUUCCAGGAUCUCGGAAAUAUAACGGACUUGAUACUUCGGAAUAACUCUAUCAGCAUGAUUGAGACUGGGGCAUUCAGUGGACUCGACAAAAUCACCGGCAUAUCUUUUACGGACAACAAGCUAACCGAACUCCGUAAAGGAAUGCUCGAUGGACUUUCUAGUGUGGAAUGGAUAUCAUUCCGACGUAACCCAUUGUCGUAUAUCGAGCCUGGCACUUUUGACAACACGAAUAAAAUCCAAUACUUGCUGUUGGUGGAGGUUCAGCUUAACCAUCUUGAACCAGACAUGUUCAGGGGAAUCGAGAGUAUCCAAUACCUCUCGACGGAUGACUACCGUCUCUGCUGUCUCUUUGACAGUGCCGAUCAAUGCUCACAAGCUUCGAUGUCCUCGCUAGACUCCUGCACCAGACUCAUGCCUAACAACGUCCUGCGAAUCGCCAUGUGGGUACUCGGGUUCGGUGCCCUCUUCGGCAACACCAUGGUUAUUUUCAUCCGAUGCCGCAAGAAGCGAUCGAACACGAGGAAUCAUGCGCAAGUUUUUUUCAUCUCGAACUUAGCCAUCGCUGAUUGGUUCAUGGGUAUUUUCAUGAUCAUUAUAGCAUCAGCUGAUACCUAUUACGGGGAAUACUACUUCCUCAAAGCGCCGCACUGGAGAAGCUCUGGUCUCUGCAGGUUUGCAGGUGCCCUUGCCAUCCUAUCAAGUGAGAGCUCUGUGUUCUUUUUGACGAUCAUCACCGUCGAUCGAUUCCUGAGUGUCGUGUUUCCCGUUCAGCAGAUUCAAAUUCCACUCCGAGUCGGCGCGCGUUUGUGUCGGCAUCACAUGGGUCAUCACUAUCAUCAUCAGCCUGGGGCCCGUGGUGAUUGGCUCAUUCGUGCCUGGGUUCUACGGGCUAUCCGACGUCUGCAUCGGUCUGCCCCUGAGCGUAGAUUCAACAGGGACGGGAACUCUAGUCUUCGAUUACACCCUAGCCAUACCUGUCUUUACGCCUAACAAUGACGGGAGCCUCCAGCCAUCUUGGAUUUAUUCCAUAGUACUUUUCUUGGGUAUCAACCUCAUCUGCUUCUUAUUCAUCCUCAUCUGUUACAUCAUCAUUUUCGUCCAGGUGAGAAAGUCAGCAAACAGCAUCGGGAAGGACCGCAAAACGGGAUCCCCGCACGACCAGGAGGUGAGGAUUGCCUUCAAGAUGGCCAUCAUCGUCGGCACCGAUUUCUUGUGCUGGAUGCCAGUCAUCAUCAUGGGGAUUCUCUCCCAGGCCAGGCUGGUCGAGCUCCCCGUCUCGCUCUACGCCUGGUCGGCCGUCUUCAUCUUGCCCAUCAACGCUACCCUGAAUCCCUAUCUCUACACACUCACGGAGUUUAUCGGUCAGAAGAAAAAGAUGGCUAAUGGGAGUCAGAAGUCGAUGAAUACUAACAGUACAAUGGCUACAAGCAGACGAAACCAUGACGACACCAGAUUAUAGUACUUUUUCGCAUGGUUUAGAACACAGUUUAAUCUCGUGUUGGCUAAAUAGAUUUAAGAAAAUGAGUUGUCCGAUCGUAAUCUUGAAUAUAUAAUUAUGAUCAUUAACACAAGUCUCUCUCAAAAAAA